CCCUCACGAGUUUCUAUAACUAUCAAUGACUUCUUAAUCAAAUGCUUUUCAAACGAUUCAAUCAGUUCAGUUUCCAACUUACACCUGACCGCAGCUCAGUCCGAAAUCCAUCAUGAACCGCAUAUUGUUACUCUGUCUUAUCGGAAGUGUCUCGUUUAUCAACAUUACCAAGCAGCAGGACUUGUCCGUCUACAAUGCUUUUAUCAGUAGUCAAAUCGUCCCGGAUAUGAUCAACCAACCACCUUAUGGUCUAGCCAAAGUAAGCUACACAUCAUCCGGAGUGCAUGUCAACCUCGGCAAUGAGUUGAAACCGGAGCAGCUCCAAGAUCAACCGACCGUCAGCUGGGAUACAGAACCAGGCUCGUUGUACACGUUGACCAUGACUGAUCCGGAUGCGCCGUCUCGAGCACUUCCGCUUGAACGAGAGUGGAAGCACUGGGUGGUGGUGAACGUGCCCGGGGUAGAUGUGGCCGCUGGAGAAGCUGUCGCGGAGUAUAAUGGACCGUCUCCACCGCCAGGCACUGGGUUCCAUCGGUACGUGUUCCUGGUUUAUAAGCAGGCUGGAGGAAGAGUGCAGUGGUGUGGACCGAAGCUGAGCGCUUGGUAAGUCUUAAAUGUCUGGAUGUUUUGUCAAGUCCAUUCAACCGUAGGAUAGUAGAAGUCAAUAU